UACAAACCUCUUUAUAUUAAACAUGUUAAAGUACCAUGCACUUUGCUUUCAUCGUUUUCUUGCUCCCUCUGCAUGUGACGUCAUACCUGGCGUCCUUGUCAUCAUGCCAUCAACAAACGCACGAGUGAUGCUGUACGUUGACAGCUUACCCAGUAGGUUACAUGAAAAACACACUAAUACUCCAAUUUCCCCGCCAAUAUUCCAAAACAGGACGCACCCAUUCCACGGGAGCACAUUGAACUCAUAAACAAAUCCGCAGCGACUUUGAUACAGGCAGCGCAGCAACACAGCCGAGCCCGUGAUACACGCAGCAUCAUAUGAUUCCAAUUCUGAACAUCUUCUUGGCGCGUAAUACAACGAAACGUGCGUCUGUAUGUAUCAUAGACAUAUAUAUAUUAUUUCUAUGGUAUUGACAUAUCUUGGGGGAAAAUACACGCGGAAAUACGAUUCGAUGGCUUAUAAUAGCAAUACAACGAUAAAAGAAAUUGGACAUUGUUUUUAAGUCAAUAUCGUCAAAGGUGCCUUUCUUUCGUUGCAUUCGUCGUGUUUUUUUUAAUCUGGUUCUCGACACAGAAUUGUUAUUAUAGUCGACCAAUCACAAUCAAGACAAGUGAGACCCAGCAUUCUUGCCUUUUUACACACACUUGGAAAAAUAACAAUCAUCUUGAAACAUCUUUGGUUGAUUGCGGAAAUCCUGUCGGAAUUCCCCGCCUGAUUCGCCAGACAUUCUUCUUUCUGUUAAACCAACGGACCGUAACUUUCGAAGCCUGUGGCUGGCAUUGGGUGUUUUUUUUUUAAACUGGAGUGGAUUACAAUGAUAGUGCUUUUAUGAUUAGGAUAUUACGAUAUGCUUUCGAUACUGUCUUGAGGAACCUUCCACGUACCUUGCUUCCAGUUUCAUUCUAGAUUAAGAUCUACGAUUUACUGUGAUUCAAUUUCAAGACAAAGGAAUUACGCCCGUGUCGACACACCCUUUAAAGAUAUAACAUUGGAUUCAUAGAUUAUACGUUAUACCUUUCAGUUGCGAUAUAAUACUAUAUCGAUGUCCAUGUACUAGAGUCGAUCUCUUCAUCGACAUAAUUAUUAAGCUUAAUUACUAAUAUCUGAACGACAUAAUUAGGAAGUUGUGCUUUGAUCGUAUAACGCACCAUUGAAUAGGAAGACAUCGGGACAAACAAACUAGACAUCGAGAGCUUGAAAGUGAUAGCAUAGCUUGCAUUCUCAGCCGGAUUUUAAAGUCAGUCUACCAUUUUCAUGUCUGCCGAGGUGAGUGGAAAGGAGAAGAUGACCUUGAAAGGGGUCUUCCAGAAGUAUGCUGCCUUUGGGCGUCCUGGACAGAGUAAAGAUAUCACCAGUAAGAACUUCUCCAAGAUGAUGAAAGAAUGUGACAUCAUGGACAAGAAAGUCAACCAGACAGAGAUCGAUAUCAUAUUUACAAGAGCCAAGGCUAGUCCUGGAUUGAAAGUGCUGACGUACGACAAGUUUCUGACGAGUCUGAAAAUGAUCGCCAAGUCCAAGUACGGAUCGGACGAUGAAGAACACUUCGAAAAGAUCAAAAACCAAAUCAGAUCGUCAGCAGGACCAAGUACAGCCGGAACAACGAGUACAUCAACAACCGGAAAAGUUGAACACUUCACCGACGUCUCAAAGUACACGGGACUUCAUCGGGAACGCUUUGAGAAAGACGGUACCGGGAAAGGAAAAGCUGGUCGGGAAUAUUUGGUCGACGACUCAGGUUACGUCACAGGCUACAAAGGGAAAAACACGUAUGACGGGAAAGAGUAAUGUUUUCCAAGUCCCGCUCCCCUACCAUACAUAGUAUAUUUGUAGGAAUUCACCUUGUUUUCUGCUUUCGAACCGAUGGGAAGCUUUAAAAGAGUUAAUCGGUUUAAUUUAAUCAUAGACGCGGUUCGAUGGAGAUUUGGAAAGUUUGAUCAAACAACAGGUUGCAUGAUCUAUAAUGUCGAGGGCCAGGUGAUGAGAUUCCCGCUGCCUUGAUGAUCAACUCGAUCAAUCCCGAUCAACCCUGAUCAUUCACGAUCAAGAUUAUCUUCGGCCUGAUCGGUUUAGCUCGACAGACAAGGCAACCUUAUCUCCUACCGACAAGGUAGGAGGUGCCACAGCCGGGUGGUCUAAGGCGCCUGGCUAUACAUGGAAAGUCUGGGGUUCGAUCCCUGGCCGCGGCACUUAGGCCCAUGAGCAAGGCAUUUAAUCGACAAUGCUCUUUUCAUUCAAAUAAAUGGAAAUUCCAGACACAUUAUUGGUAAAUAGGUGUGCACUUGUUUGAAAAAAAACAUAGCUCCAUCACCCGAAGAUUUAGAACGUGUCCAAUGCACGUGAGUAGGGAGAUGAGCUUUGUGUCAAUCAAUUAGAUCGACAUCGAUCAGGGUCCGAGCUAAACCGAUAUUGCCCGAAAUAUUUUCGACAGGCUAGCUUGAUCGAGAUUGAACCUUGUAAUUCUGAAAAUGGCAUCGCUCUCUGAGCCUCUCUCCGAGAUCGUUUAUAUUCCAUCCCGAGCAAUUCACGGAUAGAAACACAUCCCUAUUUUGUUUCAUUACGUCAGUGUGAAAACUAAAAGAAAGAUUGCAAUUUGAUAUAUGAGAUUGUAAAGACUAUGCAUAUGUUCUCUUCUAGAUUCAUGAUAACAUAUAGGG